AACCGUUAAAAAAUAAAAUAAAAUAAUUAAAAAGAGAAAUAAUUCAUCAUCAUCAUAUUUAUAUAUAUUCAUUUGUUAAUUUGUAGCAUUUCGGAAAUUAUUAGAUCGAAGAAGCUCCUUCUGAUAAACAAACAAAGUUAUCCUCGAGGGUCAAAAACAUGUCUCAUCGCCAAGGGGGUGAUGCUGAAUAUUUUGCGGAUGAAUAUGAAAUGGAUGAUGUAGAAGAGGAUAUCGAUAUUGAUGGUGAAUCUAUUAAUAGAGAGGGAGGUGACGUCGACUCUGAUGUUGAUGAAUAUGAUUACUCGAGUAGCAAAGCGGUAGACACUACAGCUGCUCAAGCUAGAAGAGGACAAGACAUCCAGGGGAUUCCGUGGGAUAGCCUUAGCAUCACCAGAGAAAGGUAUCGGCAAACGAGGCUCGAGCAAUACAAGAAUUAUGAAAAUAUCCCCCAAUCAGGGGACAGGUCAGGGAAGGAUUGUAACAGUACAGACAAAGGAUACUCAUUUUAUGAGUUCAGGAGAAAUUCAAGAUCAGUAAAAUCAACAAUUCUUCAUUUUCAGUUGAGGAAUCUGGUUUGGGCUACAUCAAAGCAUGAUGUAUACCUUAUGUCACAGUUCUCAGUAACACAUUGGUCUUCUUUGACUUGCACAAGGUCUGAAGUACUCAAUGUUUCAGGACAUGUUGCACCAUCAGAGAAACAUCCUGGAAGUCUAUUGGAAGGAUUCACACACACUCAAGUUAGUACACUUGCUGUAAAAGAUAAUCUUCUAGUUGCUGGAGGAUUUCAGGGUGAACUUAUUUGCAAGCACCUAGAUCGACCUGGUGUCAGCUUUUGCUCAAGGACUACUUAUGAUGAUAAUGCUAUCACCAAUGCCAUUGAGAUUUAUGCUUCUCCUAGUGGGGCAGUUCAUUUCACAGCAUCAAAUAAUGAUUGUGGAAUCAGAAACUUUGAUAUGGAGAAGUUUCAACUCUCUAAGCAUUUUCGUUUUCCCUGGCCAGUGAAUCAUACUUCUCUCAGUCCAGAUGGUAAGCUACUUUUGAUUGUUGGAGACAAUCCUGAAAGUAUGUUGGUGGACUCUCAAAAUGGAAAGACUAUUUCUCCAUUAUCCGGGCACUUAGAUUUUUCAUUUGCAUCAUCAUGGAAUCCCGAUGGUGUGACCUUUGCUACUGGAAACCAGGACAAAACCUGUAGGAUUUGGGACAUGCGAAAUCUAUCCAAGUCAGUGGCAGUGUUGAAGGGAAACCUUGGAGCUAUCCGUUCAAUCCGACAUUCUUCUGACGGCAAGUAUAUGGCUAUAGCCGAGCCUGCAGAUUUUGUCCAUGUAUAUGACGUGAAAAGUGGGUAUGAGAAAGAACAGGAAAUCGAUUUCUUCGGCGAGAUAUCAGGCAUAUCUUUCAGUCCAGAUACCGAAUCCCUUUUCAUCGGGGUCUGGGAUCGUACUUAUGGCAGCCUUCUCGAAUAUGGCCGGCGUCAUAAUUACUCAUACGCUGACCUAAUGUUUUAGUCGGAUAAAGUGACAUAACCGACGGAGCACUUGAACAAACAGCUUGCUUUAUGUAUCCUUUUGGGGUAGGUUGUUAAUGUAUAAAUUGAGUGUCCUGCAAAUUACCUCAAUUUGUAGUUAUAGUAGGGCGUGUUCGUGUUUAUACUGGUGUGUGUAUGGAAAGCGAGGUAAUAGGAGGCUAGAAGAAGAUGAUGAUGGUGCAAAUAAAGUGGAAACUGCAUCAUCAUCAGUAUCACUAUGUAAUGCAGUAACUUCCUGUCUUGAAAAAACUCACUAUGGCAAUAACAUAUAUUGUAUUUUAGAAUGAA